CUCAAGAUGUCGCUGAUUGGAUUGGUGUUGGUGGAGAAUCUGCUGCUUGCAAUUGAUUUUCUGCGGUAGAUCUCAGCGGGGCAAAGGGACUUGCAGUAUUUGUGUCUUCCGGAGUCUGGCGGUCGCUGCUGCUUUGCGGGAUUGGGAGUUUCUGAGAAGCUGUGCAAAAUAAAACAUGAACAUUUUGAGACGAAGAAAGGCUACAAAAGGCAUUGAAGAACGUCCAACACAGCACGAGGAUGAUGAACUCAAAGAAAAGUCCACAAAAGCUCGCAGCUCCAUAGGUCCAGGAGCAAUAAAGUAUGUAACCUUCCUAGUUGGUGGAUUUAUGGGAGUUUUCUUAGGACUUAUCACCUCAGUUUAUGUUGCAACUUUGCACGAAAAUGAUCUGUGGUUUUCAGCUAUCCAGGAGGUUGAACAGGAAAUCUCCUUCAGGACAGAAUGUGGUCUAUACUAUUCAUAUUACAAGCAGAUGCUUCAAGCCCCAACUAUUAACCAAGGAAUUAAUGAGCUCUUGUAUGACAAUAAAACUGAAUCUAGGAGGACAAUAAACCUCCUUAAACGGAUGAACAUUUACCAGGAAGUUGUCCUAAGCAUUUUAUAUAGAAUUUUAUCUCUUCAGAAUUACUUGGCACCAGUUUUCUUCUACAUAUACACAGUGUUUGGACUUCAGGCUCUCUAUGUUAUUUCGCUGUAUGUUACCAGUUGGUUAUUAAGUGGUACCUGGAUAUCAGGGGCACUAGGAGCUGUUUGGUACAUCCUAAACAGAAUUGAUACAACAAGAGUGGAGUUCACUAUUCCUUUGAGGGAGAAUUGGUCACUUCCAUUUUUUGCGUUGCAAAUUAUGGCAAUUACAUAUUACCUCAGACCACAGAUUAGACCGCUUCAGCAACGGCUGUCACUCACUUUGAUCAUGGCUUCAACAUUUCUCUUCUGUAUUACCUGGCAAUUUAACCAGUUUAUCUUAUUAAUUCAAGCUGUGGCUCUCUUUUCAUUGGAUUGUUUAGAUAUGGUGCCAACAUCUAAGGUUACAUCAUUAUACUUUGUACAUGUUGUUUCAUUGCUUCUGGUGUGGAUCCUACAAUUUAACAAUUCUAUGCUCCUGGGCUCACUGGUCCUGAGUUUCAUUCUGGCUGCUUUAGUAGUACGGUACUUUCAGAGGAAUUUAAAAUCUGGCACGUUUGCUGUAAGAGUUGUGAAACUAUUGCUACAUCUGAUUGUUAUAUUCAGCUUAACAUUCGUAACAAAUAAUAUAAUCAAGAGAAUUUUAGGACUAGAAUCCGAUGAACAUAUUUUUAAGUUCCUUAAAGCAAAGUUUGGAUUUGGGGCAACAAGGGAUUUUGAUGCUAAAUUAUACCUAUGUGAAGAAGCCUUUGGCCUCCUGCCUCAUGAUACCUUCCAAAGACUUUUGAACACAUUGAUUUUGCCUUCAUAUCUUUUAGUUUUAGUUAUUACAAUGAUCGUCGCUCUAAUUGUUGCUAUUCGGAAUCUCAGCUGCAAUAGCUGUUCCAGUCUAUCCCAGAGUCCGACAGUUAAAGAAGAGAACAUGAUGCUGCUCAGACCAGACAUGGCCUACAAUCUAAUACAUAAUGUGUUAUUUGGUCUGCUGGCUUUGAGUACAAUGAGGAUGAAAUAUCUGUGGACAUCCCAUAUGUGUAUUUUUACAUCAGCAGCAAUUUGCAGCAGUCAUUUUUGGAAUCUAACUCUCAAAGCACUUCGGCUUUUUUCUCCCCUGUGGGUCCGUGUGGUGAGAUUUGCAGUUCCUAUAUCAAUUUGUAUUUAUCUUUGUUAUGAGUUCUGGCCAAAGUUAAUGGCUGAGCUGUCAGAUUUAAGGGAAUUUUAUGACCCUGAUACUGUUGAAUUAAUGAACUGGAUCAAAUUAAAAACUUCUAAAGAUGCAGUGUUUGCUGGAAGUAUGCAGUUACUGGCAGGAAUCAAACUGUGUACUGGAAGAACAAUAACCAAUCACCCUCAUUAUGAAGAUAAAAAGUUAAGGGAUAGAACUAAACAGAUCUAUCAGAUUUAUUCCAAACGUUCUCCUGAAGAAGUAUACAGAAUCCUGCGAUUGUAUGGAACAAACUAUAUUGUCCUUGAGGACAGUAUCUGUUAUGAAAGAAGACACAGAAGAGGCUGUCGUUUGAGAGACUUGAUUGAUAUAGCAAAUGGUCAUGUGAUGGACGGUCCUGGAGAAAAUGAUCCAGAUUUAGAGACUUCUCCUCAUCCACGCUUCUGUGAUGAAAUCAAAUCCAAUGCACCUCUGUAUUCUUCCUAUUUCACUCGUGUAUUUAAAAACAAAACUUUUCAUGUCUACAAGCUAAAGAAAAAGAAGGGCAAACCUUAGUGGAAGUAAAAUUUUGUAACUUUUCAAUAUUACAUAGCAGAUGAUAGAUAUUUGUUUUGGCAAAUGUAAAGCCAAGUCGAACUUAUAUAAGCAUCUAAUCUUGUAUGUGAGGUUGUAAGCUCUGUUCCUUCAGAGAGCUGCGAUUAAUGCUUAUUGAUUCCUAUUCAGUACAAAGUGUAAUGUUCAAUAUCAGUGAAACCUUUUGCUUGAACUACUUCUCUGUUGCAUUUAUUUAUAUUUCACUUACUAUAUUGGAGCAAGAAUGUUACUAGACACUCUGUUUCUCAUUUGUAUUAUAUUCCAUAAAUUGUUAUUUAUUUGCAAGGCACUAUUGCAUAAUUUCUGUUACUCAAAAGUGUUAGUAUCUUCUUCAUGCAUUUAUUUGAAUUCUUGGAUAUUCUUUACAGUAUUAAUUUUUAAUAGCUUUUCUCUACACAUUCAUGCAUGGAGGGAUCACUUAGAUUGUUACUACAUUAUUUUUUACAUUUAUUCCUGUAGAUGAAAUUGAGGAUUUAGUUACUGAUAAUGAUUAGAUUAUUUAUAGUGUAAAUUAUGAAAAAUUGUACUUAAAUAGUACCAAGUGAUUAAAUUUGUUAGUAAUGAACUGUAAAAAGUUUUGUUAUACUGUUGCUCCACAAUUAUAUUUUGAAUAUUUUAACGUUAUUAAUUAAACAUUCUCACUGAUAA